GCCAGACCGCUCAGGGUGGCCAGGACGCCUGGCGCUAGCAGGGGAGUCCUUGGGGAUCAUGAGGACCAGCCUCUUGGAGCCGCGGUCACCGCGACAUGGGCUAGGAGAGGGAGGGGGCGAUCGUGGAGAUGCUGUUGCUGGGGAAAUGAGGGCAACUGGACGAUACGGUGCCCAAAGGAGCUAUGCCUGAGCCUUACGGACGUCUGUCUGUGGGAUGCGCCCCCGCCGACGCGCAGACCUCCGGCUUUCACUUCCCCACCCUCCUGUUGAGCGCAGACAGCCGCCUACUUCCCCCCCUGCUCUGAUGCUCCCUCCGAGGCCGGCCGCGAGAGAAGGGGGCAGCGAUGGGGCGCGGGGGACCAGCCCUGAGUCAUGCACAGCUUCGUCAACACCGAGCCCGCUAGGCGAGAGUCUCUCCGCCCGCUCGGCGCCUCCAUCUCCCUCCGCCAGCGCUGGAGAGGAGACCCGGCGCCGCUCCUUCCCAGCCUUAAGCCAGCCCUCGCCUCCGACGCGCCCAGAUGCGAGCAGGUGCAGCCGAGCGGCAGACCCCGGCGGGCCAGGAGAGCGCGCGGCGCACCGAUGUGCCCCCCGAGCGCCACCUGCCAGAGCCCCUUCGGGCGGGCGGUCCCUAGAGCGCGCGCUCCGCAGCAGCAUCUCCCCGCCAAGCACAGCUCGCUUACCUGGGCUGGGCUGGGCGGCAGGUUCGGGCGUGGCUGCGUCCCCGGGCGCGGCGGGUUCGGUGGCGCGGCUCCCUGCCGUCCUGGGGCGAUACUGUAGCGCCUGUAGCUCGAGAGCCGCGCAGCCAGCUCGGCGAGAGAGCGCGUCAGAGAGGCCGAGGGAGCCAAGCCGGGGCCAGGCCAGGCGGGUCCUAGCGCCUCCCACGGGCCGCUCUCCGAGGGGGCGGGGGCCGAGCGAGCGGCAGCGUGGUCGGUGGGAGCACGUGGGCCGCGACUCCUCCGCCGAGGCGAGACGGGAAAGAGGAGCUGUGAGCAAGAAGACCCAGGGCCAGAAAUGGAGCAAGCGAAAAACAGAAGCAGAGAAAUCUGGACCUUGGUCGGGCACAGUGCUAAGGGAAUUCAGUGUAACAAUGAGAAUAGUAGGACCUUCUUGAUCUAGGA